AUGGCCUCACUUACACCCAACAUUCACGACAACCAUCACCAUCACAACGAAGAACCCCUCCCAACAACACCAGAAACAAUCCACCCCUCACAGUCCGAACUCCUGAACGCCCGCCUCUCCCCUCGUAACCUCGAACUCGCCGUCCGCCACCUCCACAGAGACGGCCUCGUCGUCGUCGCCGACGUAAUCCCGCACGCAGACCUCGACGCCCUCAACGCCAAAAUGGUCCAGGACGCGCUCUACCUCCAAUCCCUGGGCGACAAGGGCCCCUUCAACUAUAACUUCGGAAACCUACAACAAGAUCCGCCCCCCGUGGCCGAGUACUUCUACAAGUCAAUCUUUACAAACGCUAUAGCAACGCAAAUCACCUCCUCUCUCCUAGGCCCCCGCCCAAAAUGGACCUUUUGCUCCGCAAACUCCGCCAUGCCUUCUUCCUCUGUGCCCGGCUCAACACCGCAACGCCAACCAGUCCACUCCGACGCAGACUUCAACCACCCGUCCCACCCCUUUGCCCUCGUAAUCAAUAUCCCCCUCGUAGAGAUGACGCCCUCCAACGGCUCAACGGAGCUCUGGCUCGGCACCCACGCACCUUACCUACUCCCCUCAUCCCCGUCCACCACCACAUCCAUCUCUUCCUCCGUCAUCAUCCCCUCCGGCAUAGAAUCGCAAGAGACCCUCCACGGCGACCGCUCUAGCGGCCGCAUAAAACAACACCUCCUCUCCCUCCGCCGCGCCGUCCGCGGCCCCUCGCAGCCGACAAUCGAAAAGGGCAGCAUCGUCAUCCGCGACCUCCGCCUCUGGCACGCCGGCAUGCCAAACACCUCACCCGACGUGCGCGUCAUGCUAGCCAUGAUUCAUUUCGCGGGCUGGUACCGGAAUCCGAUGCGGUUGCAGUUCGCCGAGGACAUGAGACCUCUUCUGCUCGAGGAGGCUGAGAAUGAGCUGGAGAUGCCCGUGGAUUGGACGACGAGGGAGGAGGCCUUGCGUAAGUAUCUGGGGAGGGGGUUUGGGAAUAGCUAUGAUUUUGAUCAGGAAAAGUGA